AUGAUCAAGAGUCUGAUGCGAUUGCUCUUCAGUACCGGCUUCUCGUUUGAGAAUCACCGAGACGACGAUUUCUUUGACGAACCCUCGACUAUGCGGCCUCGAUUGACUGCUGCAGCCGCCAAGGAGGAUGGUUCCACGGAGCUCCUCGCACCGCGGUCUUCGUCCUCGACAUACCAAGUGGUCGCCCGAGGUCUUCCCGGCGCAAAAAUCCAUUACGCAGCGCCGAGUGCCUGA